GAACAUUAUUAUAAUCUGUGUAUGGAAAAGUCUCAGAGAAUUAAUCCUUUUUUGUUGCAUAUACUUCAGGAAGUGGAUGAAGAAAGUAAAAAGGGAUUGGAAAAAGGAAUCACUUUAAAUGUUGCUGGAAACAAUCGCAUAAUACCAGUGGAAAGAGUAACAAGUGAAGAUUUUUGGAUUCUUUCUGGAAUUUUAAAGAAGAAUCCAUAUGUUAAUGGUUUGGAUGUUAGAUAUAACCUCUUAAAAGAUGUUGGUGCCUACUAUGCUGCAAAACUGCUUCAGAAACAACUUAAUCUCAUUUACUUAAACCUUAUGUUUAAUGAUAUUGGGCCCGAUGGUGGAGAACUGAUUGCUAAAGCACUACAUAAGAAUACAACCCUGAAGUACCUAAGAAUGACUGGAAACAAGAUUGAAAACAAAGGUGGAAUGUUUUUUGCUGCAAUGCUGCAAGUUAAUUCAUCCUUAGAGAAAUUAGAUCUAGGAGAUUGUGAUCUGGGAAUGCAAAGUGUGAUCGCAUUUGCUACAGUACUAACUCAAAACCAAGCAAUUAAGGGAAUAAACCUAAACCGUCCUAUACUGUAUGGCGAACAGGAAGAGUCCACAGUCCACAUAGGCCACAUGUUAAAAGAAAAUCACUGCCUUGUUGAACUACACAUGUGUAAGCAUGAUAUGAAAAAUUCUGGCUUCAAACAGUUAUGUGAUGCCCUGUAUGUGAAUAGUAACCUACGCUACCUUGAUGUCAGCUGCAAUAGAAUAACUUGUGAUGGAAUGGUGUUUUUGGCCGAUGUACUGAAGAGCAAUACCACCCUGGAAGUAAUAGAUCUUUCCUUCAACAGAAUAGAAAAUGCAGGAGCAAGCUAUCUCAGUCAGACUCUUGCUUCACACAACAGAAGUCUUAAAGCGUUAGUAUGCUUUUAUAUAUAAUCAAAACAACAUAACUCAAA